ACGUCAACGUCACAUGUCAACAACAAUAAUGUUGAUGAUGUUGUAAAUAUUUUCAAUUUUAUAGUAGUUUAACUAGUUUUUGUGUACAUUCUCGUUAUGGAAAAAAGCAUAGCUUUAAUGGCGGGCCAACUUAAUGUUAAAUUCAUCGAGGUCUUGGACAGAUACCCAUGUAAUGAGGACUUAGAGUGUAAAUACGUCUACACCAGAAGCGCUAAGGUUCAAGAUGGUGAUAGAAUCGCGAUUUUUAAAACGGGUUGGAAGUCUUUACGUAACUAUCUUUUAUUUGAGUGGGCCAUGCAUUCUACUCCGGCUGGACUAAACUCAGUCAUUUUUUGCAAGUAUGAUCUACCGAGUACUCCAAACGACACGGAUGACUUGUACCAAUUUUGCUACAUAAGCGGCGAAAACGUGGUCCAAGGGAUCAGCACACCGUUCCAAAUCUACUCAGCUGAGUCUAAAUACACAGUCAACUUAACUGAUUCAUUAAAAAAUGAGCAACAAACGUCACAUUUGAAACAUUUAUUAAGUUUAAAGGAUAAAGAGAUUUUGAGAUUGAAGGAAGAGAACGCUAUGUUGAAGGAAAGUUUAAAGGCUAUAGUUGACCAAAGGAAGUUUCAAAGAAGCAAAAAUUACGACGACGAAAUAACCGAGUUGAAAGAGGUGACAAAAAUGUUAAAAGACACAGUACUUGCGCAACAACAAGAGUUAAACUCUUUAAAAUUAGAAAUAAGUAGAGAUAGAGCAGAGCAUAAGAAUUUAAUGUUGGAGAAAAUCAUGGCAGAGAAGAAGUUUGAAGGUGUGAAUGAGAAAAAGCCGAGUGGGGUUAAAAGGCUUAAUUUAGAUUUCGAUUUAGGGAGUUUAAAGCCGCUGCCGCCGUUCCCCUUUGAUAGUCCGUAACCGAACCGUACUUAUUUUUAAAAAAAUGUCUAACUCGAAAUAACGCUUAAUAUGCACUUAUGUGUAGAAAAAUGUAUCAAUGUGGGUGUAUAAAUGUAUAUAAUUAACCAAAUGACCACGCGUCACAUACAAUUGUAAGCGUGUUAAGUUUCAAAACUGGAAAUAAAACAUUAUGGUUA